AGGUGUUCUUACUGGCAGCUAAUUGUUUAAUCUGUAUUUAAACUGACCUAAUUUAAUACAAUUCACGACUGGGAGUAGUAUUGCACGUCUGAAAUAUGAAGGGAAUGAAACCGCACCUCAUUCUAUUGCUGCUCUUCGCAUCUUUGCUUUGUGCAGAGACGGCCAGAAGCCGGAAAGAUUCCACCAACCAGAAUAGUUUCAGAAGGGCGGCUAACGGAUUCUACCAAAUGUUAAGCAAUAUUUUUGGAGAGGACAACAUCAGAGGUCUUUACAAGUUCUUCUCCAAGACGACAGAACGCUUUGUCCAUGGUGUCGACUCUUUCCUGGACACUAUUUGGAAGAUAUGGACAGAUCUGUUGGAUGUGAUGGGAAUUGAUGCCUCCAACCUGAGCCACUACUUCAGCCCAACGUCUUUGACAAACUCCCCGGCUCGUGCCCUGCUCCUAGUGGCUGCUGUGUUGGUGGCUUACUGGUUCCUCUCCCUGUUUCUGGGGGGAUUCUUCUACCUGCUGCACGUCGUAUUUGGCCGUUUCUUCUGGCUGGCCCGAGUUACACUCUUUGCCCUCUCUUGCCUGUAUAUCUUGCAGAAGUUUGAGGGGGACCCCGAGCGUGCUGUGCUCCCUCUCUGCUUCGUAAUGGCUGUGUACUUCAUGACGGGGCCUGUGGGGGCGUACUGGCGUCGAGGUGGUGGUACUGCCUCUCUGGAGGAGAAGAUCAAUCACCUGGACACCCAGAUCCGCUUGCUCAACAUCCGGCUGAGCAGGGUCAUCGACAGCCUGGAGCGAGCCGGGGAGAAGUAGAGCUGACCCCACACAUCCACCGCUGACAACGGCUGUAUCCAUAGGGUGGCUGGGGGUUUGGGUGUAUAAGGGCAGGAAAAUCUAAGCAGAUCGAGGCUUUCUGUUACGAGAAAGAGCUUGUUUUUAUUUUAUUUUAUUUUUUUGAUUUUUAUCCUGUCUUGUUGUUAUAUUGUGUAACGACUACUGAUGGUUGCUCUUUUUGGAAAUUGUGUUCAAUGAAAAAAUGGGAUGGAUGUUUGUUUUGGGUAUGUGAUGGUGGGAUGAGACACAACUGUAAGUAUUUCCAUCCCAGUUAGCUCAGUAGUUAGUAGACCAAUGGCAGAUUUAUUUAUUGCAUUUUCCGUCCUGACACUGAGAUGUAUAGUCCAAAAUAAUGUCACCAUUCCAUUGUAGCAGUAGGUCAUUCCUAGCGUAUUUCAGGACCUCUCUUUCUAUAUAAUGGACAUUGUGUGUGUGUGUGCGCGUGCGUGUGCAAGCGUGUGUGUUUUAUGCAUGUGAAUCAUUGGAAAAGCACUGGGAAAAAAAGUUAAGAUUGGCGAAACCUGGGCAGGCACGAAAAUCUCAGGGAGAAAUUUUUAAAAAAGAAUAUCAAGAACAAUUAUGUAAAUAUACCCCACAUCAAUAUCAACUUAACCCUUUACACUCGUGGGAAUUGGCCUAUAUGGAUAGGGCUAAAUUGGUAGCAAUUGAAAGGGAUCAGUUUGGAGAUUAGGGGGAAAUUAUUUGACAAAUUGAGGACACAAUAGUUCACAAGACUGAAUCCAAACAUUACACUGUUGAUUUUAUGUGCAUUUUACAUUUAGUGUACUUUUCACCGCAUUUGUUGAUAACGAAAUCUGAAAAUACUCUGGAUAUGUUCAAUAACAUGAUGAGAAUAUUCCUGGAUUUAAAAAAAAUAAAUCCUCAGAUCAUAUUUUUGGUGCACAUAGAAAAGAGUCAUGAGUGUAUUCAGGUGUGUUCCGCAGCAACAAAAAAAAAUGUUUUCUUCACAAUAGACAAACAGGCUCAUUCUGUUCUUGUAACUAUACAUCAAACAAAGCGAUCAUAAAUGUUGACACUGUAUACAUGAGUUUUAUGAUAUGGAAAUGUGAAGUGCACAUUUGGACUCACAGGUGUUUGGCUUGCUUGUAUCACAUCAAAGUGGUAUUUAUUCUAAUCCUCAAUGUCUCAUCUUUGAAAAUGCAUAGAGUCCUCUUAAUUUACAGCAUUUUCCUCGGACAACAAAAAAGCUAAAGUUGCCAAAUUAGUGGGAGGGAUGGUGACCACUUCUUGUCGCGUGAGGUGCUCAAGUUCAGAACAUCUGUCAGUCAAAACCCAUACAGAGCUGUGAAGCACAGAGCCUGAGCUAUGAUGUCAUUUACAGCAUGUUACUCUACAGCCACUGCGUUCCAAUUUAGGCAUUUAUCAGUGCCCUAAUCUGUUCUUUUCAACCCGUAUAUAGGUGCGAGUGUAAAGGCCUAUGUUACAGUGCCACUGAAUUUGUUGCACAACCAUGUUUGAAUCAUGGCCAGCCAUCUGCAGAAGGAUGGAAGGUGUACCUUUAUACUCGGCUUAUCAUCCACGUUGAGAUAUGGGUGUUAAUGGUAGAAAUAUCAUAAUAAAGUAUAGUUAUAAUGGAAACGUAUUAGUAGUUCCCAUAAAAACAUAAUUAUAUUUGCCGUGUGACAAGUCCUCCCUGUUUCAGUGGAUGGCACAUUAUGCAUGCCUAGACUAUAUCUGUACUUGUUGUGAAUUUGGAUGCACUUUGGUCAUUUCUGCUUUACAUAAUUGUACAUCGCAAAGUGUACGUUUUUAUAGGGCCAUAGUUUUAAACUUUUGUGUGUAAUUUCUUAAAAGGGAAUUUUAUCAUUUAACUCUAAUCUACUUUUGUGCUACAUUUAAUGUGUUUUCAUUAGAAUAUAUAUAUAUAUAUAUAUAUAUAUAUAUAUAAAAUCCCAUAGAAGUCCAUUUUGUUGGGCGGGUGUUCAGUAAGUGGUUUGGUUUAGUUGGUGCCAGUUCAAAUGUCGUCAUUGGCUACUAUACCAUCUCUCCAGCCCCACCCCUCCAGAAGUGAACUUGUCCACACAAAUGUAGUUUUAAUUAUGUACUGUAUACCGUAUGUGCUAUUCUAUAGCAAAAUGUUACAAUGUUGUAUUUGUUAAAAAGUCAGUAUUUUAACAUUGUAAGUGUUGGAAAUAUUAAGAAUUUAACGAGUAUUAAAUGUGUGUUGAUUUGUAAAAUA